AUGACAGACACUGUGAUGGAAGUCGACAACCCUGGGGCUGCUAUUUCGCAGCUCCAGUCGGGUGAGAUUGACGAAUCACUCUAUAGCAGACAACUUUACGUACUCGGACACGAGGCUAUGAAACGCAUGGGCUCUUCCAAUGUUCUCAUUGUUGGUCUAAAAGGUCUGGGUGUUGAGAUUGCAAAGAACAUUGCACUUGCUGGUGUCAAGUCGCUCACUCUUUUCGACCCCAACCCGGUAGCGAUUGCCGACCUAUCUUCCCAGUUUUUCUUGCGCACAGAAGACGUUGGCAAACCCCGAGCCGACGUUACUGCUCCGCGGGUGGCAGAGUUGAACUCCUACACCCCUGUCUCAGUCCAUCAAUCAAACUCCUUGACGGAAGAUCUCGAGCAACUCAAGAAAUAUCAGGCCAUUGUGCUGACGACCAUAUCUCUCAAAGAUCAACUGGUCAUUGGAGACUUCUGCCACAAAAAUGGGAUCUACUUGACCGUAGCGGAUACCUUUGGUUUGUUUGGAUACAUUUUCAACGACUUUGGAAAGAACUUCACUGUUGGCGACGUCACAGGCGAGAAUCCAAUCAGUGGCAUCAUUGCAGACAUCGAUGAAACUGGCCUAGUUUCUGCGCUCGACGAAACACGUCAUGGUCUGGAAGACGGUGACUAUGUUGAGUUCGCUGAGAUCAAGGGCCUCGAGGCGUUGAAUGGUGCUGCCCCUCGCAAGAUCACGGUCAAGGGCCCGUAUUCCUUCUCGAUUGGAGAUAUCUCGGGAUUGGGCAAAUAUGAAGGAGGUGGUCUCUUUGCUCAAGUCAAGAUGCCAAAAGUGCUUCAAUUUGAAUCACUUUCUGAACAGAUCAAGAAACCCGAAUCCUUGAUUUCUGAUUUUGCCAAGUUUGACCGUCCUGCACAACUCCAUAUUGGUAUCCAAGCUCUCCACGCCUUUGCUGAAAGUCACAAGGGCUCUCUUCCGAGACCACACAAUGAUGAAGAUGCAAAAGAAGUUCUUGAAAUGACAAAAAAACUAGCAAAGGACAGCGGCGAAGAAAUCGAAAUCAGCGACAAAUUAAUCACAGAACUCAGUUACCAAGCACAAGGUGAUAUAAGUCCUAUGGCAGCGUUCUUUGGAGGUCUUACAGCACAAGAAGUUCUCAAAGCGGUCUCCGGCAAAUUCACUCCUGUCAAACAGUGGCUCUAUUUCGAUGCUCUCGAAUCGCUUCCCACAUCAGUAGGGCGCAGCGAAGAGUUGUGCAAGCCUGUCGGAUCGCGAUACGAUGGGCAAAUUGCUGUCUUUGGCAAAGAAUAUCAAGAAAAGAUCUCCAAUGUCAGAAACUUCCUUGUGGGCGCCGGCGCCAUUGGUUGUGAGAUGUUGAAGAACUAUGCUAUGAUCGGCCUCGGAACUGGUCCUAACGGCCAAAUCACAGUCACCGACAAUGAUUCGAUCGAAAAAAGCAAUCUCAAUCGCCAGUUCCUGUUCCGACCCAAGGAUGUUGGGAGACAGAAGAGUGAAUGUGCCGCUGCAGCGGUCCAAGUCAUGAACCCAGACCUCAAGGGAAAGAUCACUCAUAUGACCGACAGAAUUGGACCGGACAGCGAAGACAUCUUCAACGAACAAUUCUGGAAUGGACUUGACAUCGUUACCAAUGCUCUGGACAAUGUUGAAGCCCGCACAUACGUCGAUCGUCGUUGUGUCUUCUUCAUGAAGCCUCUCCUUGAGAGCGGUACUCUGGGCACGAAAGGUAACACGCAGGUCAUUCUGCCUCGCCUUACUGAAUCUUACUCAAGCUCUCAAGAUCCACCAGAGCAGUCAUUUCCGAUGUGCACGCUUCGCAGCUUCCCCAACAAGAUUGAGCACACCAUUGCCUGGGCUCGAGACUUGUUCCAGUCAUACUUUGUGGGACCUCCAGAAACGGUGAACUUGUACAUCACACAACCAGAUUACAUCGAAACUACAUUGAAGCAGCAAGGCAACGAAAAGAUGAUCCUGGAGAGUCUCCGUGACUACAUGGUCACCGAAAAGCCAAGUGACUUCAACGACUGCAUCGCAUGGGCUCGGAUGAAGUUCCAGAAGGAAUAUCACAAUGCCAUUGCACAGCUGUUGUACAAUUUCCCCAAAGACUCCAAAACAUCGACAGGUGCUGAUUUCUGGUCUGGCCCGAAACGUGCCCCUACUCCCUUGGAGUUUGACCCCUACGACACCACUCAUAUGGGCUUUGUGGUGGCCGCUGCCGCUCUUCAUGCUUACAACUAUGGUAUCGAAGUACCCAAGAUCUCACAUGAAGACUAUGUCAAGGUCCUUGGCAGCAUGAUCAUCCCAGAGUUCAAACCCGAUGCAAAUGUCAAGAUUCAGGCAGAUGAGAAAGAACCCGAUCCAAACGCCAAUCAGCCUAGUUUUGCUGAUGACGCUGACGAACUCAACAAGAUUAUUGCUGAGCUGCCAUCCCCGGCAAUCAUCCCAACUUUCCGCCUUAAUGUUGUGGAGUUUGAGAAAGAUGAUGAUAGCAAUCACCAUAUCGAUUUCAUCACGGCUGCCAGCAAUCUUCGAGCCAUGAACUACAGCAUCCCAGUUGCCGAUCGCCACAAGACCAAGUUUAUCGCAGGCAAGAUCAUCCCUGCUAUCGCCACAACAACCGCUCUGGUCACAGGACUUGUCAUUCUCGAGUUGUACAAGAUCAUCGAUGGUAAGACGGAUCUUGAGCAGUACAAGAAUGGCUUUGUCAACCUUGCAUUGCCGUUCUUUGGUUUCAGUGAGCCCAUUGCAAGCCCAAAGGGUACAUACCAAGGCAAGGAUGGCGAAGUCACGGUUGACAAGCUAUGGGACCGCUUCGAGAUUGAUGACAUUACUUUGACGGAGUUCCUGGCGCACUUCGACUCUCAGGGAUUGAGCGUCACCAUGGUCAGUUCUGGUGUAAGCCUACUGUAUGCCAGCUUCUACCCGCCAAACAAGACCAAGGACCGUAUGCCAUUGAAGAUGAGCAAAUUGUUGGAGACCAUCAGCAAGAAGCCCAUUCCGAAUCAUCAGAAGAACAUCAUUUUCGAGAUCACAGCAGAGGAUAAGACCGAGGAAGAUGUCGAGAUCCCUUAUGUCAUGGUCAAGUACAGAAAGUAG